AUGGACAUCAGUAAGGACAUGCUGUUGCGCGCUGAGGGUGGUCAGAAUGGCAGAACUGGCUCAAAUGUGUCGGAGGCUACUGGAGACCCCAUGCGGGAGCACACGGACAAACCGAUUCACCAGAACAGCCUAAGCCCCGGCUCCGUGCCUUUUUCGCGAAACCUAGAUGAAGCGAUUAAGGGACAACGUAUCGCAAAGUGCGGAGAUAUGGCGCUUGACAGUAAGCACUCUGCGCCGGACAGAGAGUUGUCAGACAUCCCUAACAAAGACAGCAGCAGCUCAGAUGCGGAAUCAGACCUCUAUGAAGAAAUAGAUGUCAGCUGUACCCCAGAGAGCAUGGAUUACCCAAGUGGACAAGGACUGGGAACGAGCUCGCCGAACCACGGUAAAGAUCUCAGCGUGGAUAACAAUAUAUUGGGUUCAGGCCCUGGGUCUCUCAGCUACGGUUCUGAUCAGAUGAGACGUUAUCGAACAGCUUUCACGAGGGAGCAGAUAGGACGACUGGAGAAAGAGUUUUACCGGGAAAAUUACGUGUCCAGGCCACGCAGGUGCGAGUUGGCGGCUUCCCUAAAUUUACCGGAAACAACCAUAAAGGUUUGGUUCCAGAACCGUCGCAUGAAGGAUAAAAGACAGCGGCUGGCUAUGACAUGGCCGCAUCCCGCGGACCCCGCCUUUUACACCUAUAUGAUGAGCCAUGCUGCAGCCACAGGCAGCCUGCCCUAUCCAUUUCAAUCACAUCUUCCUCUACCUUACUACUCUCCACUAAGCGGUGUGCCAGGUUCCGCCUCUGUCACCGGGAAUCCAUUCACCAACCCUCUGCGCUCGCUGGACAGUUUUCGCGUUCUUUCGCAUCCAUACCCGCGUCCUGACCUGCUGUGCGCCUUUAGACACCCAUCACUGUACCCCAGCCCGGGUCAUGGGCUUGGUCCCGGGGGAAGCCCAUGCUCCUGCCUUGCUUGUCAUGCUGCCAGUCAGUCAAACGGGCUCCCACAGAGGUCCAACAACGCAGACUUCUCUUGUUCACCCACGACCCGGACUGAGGCCUUCCUUACUUUCUCUCCCGCAGUUCUCAGCAAAUCAUCUGCAGUCUCUUUGGACCAGAGAGAGGAAGUGCCACUGACGAGAUAAGAAUAU